GGGAUUUAAGGUUUAGUUUGUGAUAUAAGAAUGAAAUUGGAGAUGUUCGGUUAUGUGGAGAUUGAUAGAAAUAGCACUGUGAUUGGGGGUAGUGUUGAUGAUGAUUUCAGUUUGAAUUUAUGGUAGUUCGAUAUUAAUUCUUGGAAUAUUGUGAUUAGGUUUUGAUCGUUCUGUCACCGUAGCACUUGGGUUAGCCUUCUGUUCUGUGCGAGUGAGAGCAUGCCUAUUUGGGAAUUGACGGAACUGUUUUGAUGAACUGAGAGUUUGCAAAUUCUGAGUUUUCUGUUAAAUCCAUGGCCACAUGGAAUCUUUCUGGUUAUUUCUGAAAUUGGGAUUGAUUGUGAAAUUCGGGUUUUCUGUAAACUCUGCAUACUUUUGUCUCGGAUAUAGUCAUGAUUACUGAUUACUGUGCCCGCUAGUGGGAGGUUUAUAAACGCUAGCACAUGUCGACAUGUUUACUGAUAGAACCGGUUCACCCUAUCAAUGGGGUUAAACAUUGGUAAUUACUGUCGCCUGCCAGUGGGAGUUGUAAACACUUGGCACCAUUACUGUCGCCUGCCAGUGGGAGUUGUUAAACACUGGCACUUCUGUAACCUUGCCUAUGGGGUUAAACAUUGGCAACUACUGUGCCCGCCAGUGGGAGGUUUAUAAACGCUGGCCAUGACUUAUAGACGAGACUACUGAACCGAGUUUUCUUCUGCAUUGACGGUUUGUCAUGAAAUGUUUUGUUACUGAACUGAAUCUGAUUUUGUAUUGACGGUUUAUCAUUGAAUGCUUUGCAAUCGAACUGAAUUUGAUUUUGCCAUUGAGCGUUUUGUUAUAUUAAACUGUUUAUCUGGCAUGCUAAAGUUUUACUCAAGGGCUAUCCAUAUUUACUUACUGAGUUAUCUCAUAGUUUUCCUUGUCCACCAUUUCAGGAAGCGAAACUGAGGACGGGGAAAUCGAGGGGAGUGACGAAUUAGAAGGCUAGCCAUUCAAUUGGGGUAUAAGUUUUAGAUUUUAUCAUCCUUUUGUAAGGUUGAUUUUAUUCUUGAGAUUUUGUGAAUUGGAUAAGUUCCGAGCCUUGUGUAUUUGUGGGACCCGUCUCACGAGUGCACGGCGUCUGUCGCGCCUCGGAUUUGGGUUC